CCCCGCCGAUGGCCUGCAUCUCCCCUGCUCUCCUCGCCACGGUUUCACGGUCGCACAGCCGCCCCCAAACCACCAGAAUUUCCACCGCAGAUCACUCGCCUGCCUGCUCGCCUCUCCUCUUCUCUCCUCCCAACCGUCGCCGUAACAAAUCCCAGUCCGUUCCUCCACAACCACCAGCUAGAAGCUCUGGCAGUUGAGCUAGGCACCACAGUCCACAUAGGUGCUGUGCUGCUGCGCGCAUAUAUAUACUCUGGUGGGAUCAUCCGGUGUGUUUGUUGGUAGCUAGCUAGGGGACGGUCUGAUGAGAUCCAUGGGCAGCUCGGACUCAUCUUCCGGCUCGGCACCGCCGCGGCAUCAGCCACCGCCGCCUCCGCAGCAGGGCUCGGCGCCGGACCUCCCGCCGGGCUUCCGGUUCCACCCGACGGACGAGGAGCUGGUCGUGCACUACCUCAAGAAGAAGGCCGCCAAGGUGCCGCUCCCCGUCACCAUCAUCGCCGAGGUGGAUCUCUACAAGUUCGACCCAUGGGAGCUGCCCGAGAAGGCGACCUUCGGGGAACAGGAGUGGUACUUCUUCAGCCCGCGCGACCGCAAGUACCCCAACGGCGCGCGGCCCAACAGGGCGGCCACGUCGGGGUACUGGAAGGCCACCGGCACGGACAAACCUAUCCUGGCCUCCGGGUGCGGCCGGGAGAAGGUCGGCGUCAAGAAGGCGCUCGUCUUCUACCGCGGGAAGCCGCCCAAGGGCCUCAAAACCAACUGGAUCAUGCACGAGUACCGCCUCACCGACGCGUCUAGCUCCGCCACCACCAGCCGACCGCCUCCUGUCACCGGCGGGAGCAGGGCUGCCUCUCUCAGGUUGGACGACUGGGUGCUGUGCCGCAUAUACAAGAAGAUCAACAAGGCCGCCGCCGGGGAUCAGCAGAGGAGCAUGGAGUGCGAGGACUCCGUGGAGGACGCCGUCACCGCAUACCCGCCCUAUGCCACGGCGGGCAUGACCGGUGCAGGGGCGCAUGGCAGCAACUACGAUUCACUGCUCCAUCACCAGGACAGCCACGAGGACAACUUCCUGGACGGCCUGCUCACAGCAGAGGACGCCGGCCUCUCGGCGGGCGCCACCUCGCUGAGCCACCUGGCCGCGGCGGCGAGGGCGAGCCCGGCUCCGACCAAACAGUUUCUCGCCCCGUCGUCUUCAACCCCGUUCAACUGGCUCGAUGCGUCAACCGUUGGCAUCCUCCCGCAGGCAAGGAAUUUUCCUGGGUUUAACAGGAGCAGAAAUGUCGGCAACAUGUCGCUGUCGUCGACGGCCGACAUGGCGGUGGACAACGGCGGGGGCAAUGCGAUAAACGCCAUGCCUCCAUUUAUGAAUCAUCUACCCGUGCAAGACGGGACCUACCAUCAACAGCAUGUCAUCCUCGGCACCCCGCUCGCGCCAGAAGCCACUGCCGCCGCCACCUCUGCCUUCCAGCACCCCGUCCAAAUAUCCGGCGUGAACUGGAAUCCCUGAACAAAUGAUAUGAACACCACAUAUGCGCACGCACGCAUGCAUUGCUAGCCAGUAGUUGUUGCAGCUAGUUAGUGGUAGUCGCAUUCAGUGAGCACUGAGUAGUUGCAUUGCAUGGAUAUAUGUGGCUAGCUGUAUUGCACCAUGAACACGUACUUAUGCGAACUUGCUAGCCAUAUACACAGCUAGGAAUAUUUUCGAAGUAAAAAAAAGUCAGAACAUAUAUAGUAUGAUAUUAGCUUCAUAUGUAUAUUGUAGAGAGCAUAUAGUAUGCAGCUGAUUACAAUCCCCA